ACUUGCAAGUUUACCUUACACGUACCGGUAAUAGCGUUUUCGUUCAGUAUUAAACUCGACUACAUCUAGUGUUGACCCAAACGUUUAAGAAAUAUAACAAUGGAUUUUCACUGAACUGUUAUUUAUUUUUGAGAUAGCGUCUCUAUUCGAACAUCAAAAUAUUACUAAACAUAAUCACAGACAUCGCUGAGCAUGAUUUCACUACAAAGGAUGCAAUAUAAUUCCGAAGAAGAAUCCUUAAUGGUCCACGAGUCACAGGGUUGCGAUGGAGAUGAUGACGACGAUGGUGCAUCUGAAAAACACAUACAGCGAAACAAAGUGAAAUCCUUCAGUAUUAAGACUCUAGCAGGGUCAAUUUUAUUUACUGGCGUAACAAGUUUCGUUCUUGGCAUUGCAUUCGAUCGUUUUGUUUUGAGCCAUCAAAAAAAGUUUGAACAUACUCCAUGCGUAGUUGAAAAUACGAUACAGUGUAUAACAGAAAAAUAUAAUAACACACUUACGGGAUCUGAAAUAUUAUUAAAUCACACAGAAAGCGAGAGUUAUUUAUGUAAGGUCUGUAAUAGAAAUUCAUCAAAAGAAAAUGCUCAUUUUGAACCAAACGUACAUCUUUCGCCAUUUUCGCAGUUAACAGAGAUGGAAGUAAACUCAGUUGUUAAAUUCCUACAAUCAAGAAAAUAUAUAUCGACGACACAACAGUUCAAUGAAUCAAGGAUAACUCACUUAUAUCUCCAUCCACCGAAUAAACAACACGUUUUGGAGUACUUGGACAGAAGUGGGUCAUUGCCUGCCCGGUUUGCGCAUGUGCAUGUCAUUCGACCCGUAAUGCAACCGCCGGAUGUAAUAGAGUACAAAGUUGGGCCACUGAAUGCUCUCACAAAUAUGGUUGCUGAACAGCUUAUAAAGGAUGGCGUUAUAAACAUUAAUCGUAGGCCAAACGAUGAAAUGGAAAACUAUGAGCUAUUUAAAUUUAUAAAUAUCACGCUUCAUGUGCCUGGAUUGGACAGUUUGCUUCGCGAAAGCUUCGACAGUGCCUCGUUUGGUAACAAUAUAUCUGUAAUGUUUUACCAGCUACCUACUGUUAACGCGAAUGAAAGGAUUUCACAUAUGAAUUUGUAUCUGCAAAUUGAUGAUGAAGGAGAAGGGGAUGCCUCUUUAAGACUUUUGCCUAUAUCGUGCUUUGUUCACCACGCGGGAACAAACGUUGCAAAUUGGAAAGCUUCUGAUUGGUAUUAUGCUUCACAAGGCCCAUUUUAUUCCAGCGAGGAUCUUAACGAUGCUUAUGGACUGGGGACGUUAAGAAUGGUACGUUACCCAAAAGGCUAUAUCAAGCAGCACACGAAUGAAUUUAAUGUAAGAAAAGACGACACUAUGCCGGAAAGGGAUUUUUCAAAUAUUCCACCACCAAGGACGUAUACAGAGCACGGUAAACGGUAUAAAAUAAACGGGUACAAAAUUACUUAUUUAGGAUGGCAAUUUGAAUUUUCUUUGCAUCCCGUAAGAGGUCCUGUAAUCUAUGACAUCCGUUUCAAGGAACACAGAAUAGCAUAUGAAAUUUCACUUCAGGAUAUAACUCUCUUGUACCAUCCUGGUUCUAAUGGAUACGGACCGUUGACCCUUACUGACACGGCAUUUUUACUCGGGACAGGUUCCAGAGAACCGAGGCCAGGGCUGGAUUGUCCCAAGUGGGGCAACAUUCUGGAUGUGAACGGUACCUUUCAGUGGUAUCAUGUCGGACCAUGGGCAGGAGUGUGUGUUUUUGAAGCCGACGGGCAGAGAGCGCUAUGGAGACAUAGGGCAAGGGGAAUGGUUGAUUACUUUCUCGUUGUUAGGACUAUCCUUACCCUGGGGAACUAUGACUAUGUAGUCGAAUGGGAAUUCCACGUUGACGGUCGUAUAGAAACUAUGUUAACAGCUUCGGGGUAUUUGUUUGGAAGUUGGGAUGAUGGCCUUUACAAUUCGUCAAUGUUUGGAUUUAGAAUAGGUGAUUUUCUGUUGGGUCCCAUACACGAUCAUACAUAUUCUUUUAAGGUAGAUAUUGAUGUCCUAGGCAUACAAAAUAGUUUCCAAACUCUAACGUGGGAAGCGGGAGAUAUUAAUGCUGCUUUUCAAAGCGAUGACAGGCGAACAUUUUCGGGAAAUAAUAACAUGUUUUAUUUUAACCAAACUCGAUUUAUACGCGAUACCAUUUACCAAAAUGAAACAUCUGUAGUGUGGAACCCACACCAGCCAAAAUACUAUAUGGUUGUUAAUGAACGAGAAAGAAACAAAUGGGGUUCGUUAAGAGGGUAUAGGAUUGUGCCAUACUCGACAGAGCAAGAAAUAUUGAAGGAUCACCCUUUGUUAAACUCGUGGAAUCAUUUGAAGUACCAAAUUGCGAUAAGUAAACGCAAAGAAUCAGAACCCUAUUUGACGAAUACAUUUUAUUCAACGCUUGGUCCAUUCAACAUUGCAGAUGAAGCAGGGAAGAUGACACUUGAUGAUGAAAGCAUUGUCAAUGAAGACGUGGUGCUUUGGAUAAGCGAAAAGUUCCUACACAUUCCAUGCGCCGAAGAUGUCCCUAUGACGAUUUCGGUGAAAAGAGGAUUUACCUUGAAACCUUUUAACUAUUUCGACAGCACCCCGGUGUUUGACCUUCCUGCAUUUUACUCUGACAGUGUUGAUCCAUAUGAUUAUCAACAAUGCCCUGAAGAGAAAUGACGCGUUUCACAAAAUAUCAUUUCAUGGAAACAUAUUCAUUUUUUGUUAUGUAUUUGAUCUUAUCACACAUAAUUGCAUAAUUAAUCAAACAUGAUUGCAUACAAUUAUAACACAUUAUUGCAUUGUCUACAUAUACCUUGUAACCACUAUUCAGACCCAAUUUUCCUGAAACUUUAUCAGAACAUUUGUCCGUAUUAUAUCUCCGCUGAGUUCGAAGCUUGGUCUUUUGUGCUAAAACUAUCACUAUGUCACUAUGUCAAAGUAAGGAAAAGCGUAUGAACAGAAGACAUAACACUUUUACUUAUAGUGAAAUAUUGUGGAUACUCUCGUACAGUAUCUGCCAAACCAACAUGAAACCUGCUGCUAACAUUUGUUUUUAUGCUAUUGGUUGAGUUCAAAGCAGUUGUUGUACAUUGACUGUUAUGGCUGUCAAGGGUAAAGGCAAUUUUCAUUGUACAUAUAUACUGAAUAUAAAGAAAUAAAACUCCCGCUGCUGGAGAA